AUGGCUGGAAGAGAGAAGAGCCAAGAGAUGCAGGAGCUUGGCACGCUGGGAUUUGAAUGUACCCUUGAAGAGGUUGAUCUUGAAGAUAUCACUGAGAAUCAAAUCAACACAAUAAAAGCUUGCACAUCUGAGGAUCCAGGGACUGGAAAUUGUCCGGCACUGGAAAGAUCUACUUUUGAUGCGAGUAAAUGCCUGCAGGGCAUCUAUGAUGAUCUGAAUGCCUACAGGGCAGAGCUGAAGAGCUUCAAUGAUCAAAAGGUGCUGGCAACUAUUGAUGAAAUGAUGAAGGCCCUGAAGACCAGCAGCAGGAGUGUGCCGCAGCCGCUGGCCGGCGCGGGGCUGACCUCCUUCAAGGAGAGGAUGAGGCUCUGCAGCAUCCUUCACGCCUUCCGAAUCCGCACGGUCACCAUCAACAGGAUGAUGAACUACCUGACCUCUCCGGAGAGCUCGCUGUAA